CAGUCAUCAUGCCGUAUCUUGUUCGUGAGAAUCUAUUCCUCGGCAACAUCGGCGAUGCGGCAGAGGUUAUCCGAAAUGGCAGCAAAGAGAUCACACAUAUUCUCUGUGCAAUUCCCACAAAGGAAAUCAAGGUCUAUGCUGGCGGGUCUGUUGGUGGGUCAGCUUCUGUUGGUGAUGGGUCGAUAAGCUUUCGUGCAGGCAAGGAUUUGAAGCUGGUGAGGAUGGGGGUUCCGCUAAGAGACAUGGACGAUGAGAAUUUAUUGGAUUAUUUGGAUGCGUGUGUGGAUUUUAUUGAUAACGGUAGAAAAAAGGGUUCUGUUUUGGUGCAUUGCUUAGCUGGUGUUUCCAGAAGUGCAUCUAUCAUUACAACAUAUCUGAUGAGAACAGAACAUUUGUCACAAGAAGGUGUGAACAAAUCAUUGCUUGUUUUAAGUAUCGCCAGUCUUCGAAUAUAA